CGCGCGGGGAGAAAGACACUGGAAGGCGGCGGCGGGCGGGCAAGCGCGCGCGGGGCCGCGGAGGAGCUCCAGGCCGCGACCGGAGCCCGCGGGGACCUACGAGGCUCGAGUACUUGGCCCCGCAAAACAAUGCGCGGCGCGCAGCGAAGCUCUCCUGGCCCGGGGCGACGGGGACGCGCCGAGCCCUCCUGAGCCCGCGCCGCUAACCUCCCCCCGCACAGACGGCCCGAGCGCCGGGCGCCGCGCUCCCAGCUCGCGGGGGCCGGGCCCAGCCGCGGGGCGGGGCCGCCCCUCCGUCGCCGCUGCCUCCUCCCCCACCGCCGCCGCGGAGGAUGCGGACGGCCCCCGGCGGCGUCUAGCGGCCCGGGCCCGGCGCGAUGGUGCAGCAGCGGGGCGCGCGGGCCAAGCGGGACGGCGGGCCGCCGCCCCCGGGGCCCGGGCCGGCAGCCGAGGGGGCGCGCGAGCCCGGCUGGUGCAAGACCCCGAGCGGCCACAUCAAGCGGCCCAUGAACGCGUUCAUGGUGUGGUCGCAACAUGAGCGGCGAAAGAUCAUGGACCAGUGGCCCGACAUGCACAACGCUGAGAUCUCCAAGCGCCUGGGCCGCCGCUGGCAGCUGCUUCAGGACUCGGAGAAGAUUCCGUUUGUACGGGAGGCGGAGCGGCUGCGCCUCAAGCACAUGGCGGACUACCCGGACUACAAGUACCGGCCUCGCAAGAAGAGCAAGGGGGCGCCCGCCAAGGCGCGGCCCCGCCCCCCCGGAGGCGGCGGUAGCGGCAGCCGGCUGAAACCCGGGCCGCAGCUGCCGGGCCGUGGGGGCCGCCGAGCGACGGGAGGGCCUCUGGGGGGCGGCGCGGCGGCGCCUGAGGACGACGACGAGGACGAAGAGGAGGAGCUGCUGGAAGUGCGCCUGCUGGAGACCCCCGGGCGCGAGCUGUGGAGGAUGGUCCCGGCGGGGCGCGCCGCCCGCGGACCCGCGGAGCGCGCGCAGGGGCCAUCCGGCGAGGGGGCGGCCGCGAGCGCCGCCUCCCCGACCCUGUCGGAGGACGAAGAGCCCGAGGAAGAGGAGGAGGAGGCUGUUACAGCAGAAGAGGGCGAAGAGGAGACGGUGGCGUCGGGGGAGGAGCCGCUGGGCUUUCUGUCCAGGAUGCCCCCGGGCCCCGCCGGCCUGGACUGCAGCGCCCUGGACCGCGACCCGGACCUGCUGCCCCCUUCGGGCACGUCACACUUCGAGUUCCCGGACUACUGUACCCCUGAGGUUACCGAGAUGAUCGCAGGGGACUGGCGCCCGUCUAGUAUCGCCGACCUGGUUUUCACCUACUGAGCCCAUCGUCAGCGGGGCGCGCACGCCCCCAAACCAGCUGUUUACAUACAGGAAUCAGGUAUUGGGGCCCCUCGGAGGCCGAGGCUGGCACCCCAUCUCCCGCGCAGCCUCCCCCCUCCUAGUCGUGCCCAUCCCCCCCCACAGAUCCAGACAUACCCCUCCCCCGCAGACACACCCCAAGGCAGCCCAACCCCCACCUUCUCCCUGACAUCUAAGCCCCUCCCCAUCCAGUCUUGUCCCGCGUAGCCACCAGCAGCCAGCCCCCCUCGGAUACACCUCCCAGUCCUCCUACAUACCUGAACCCCUCCCCACCCACUUUGCACACGCCCCUCCUCGUGGCCGGGCGGCACGCCCCUUUGCUCCAAAAUCCCUCCGCCCUCGCCCGGGCCUGCCUUGGUGGUUAAGGGGGCGCUGCGGUCUGGCGGUCCGGAGCUCCUCCCGGUCUCCUCCUCUCCUGGAGGGGCGGGUAGGGCAUCCGUCCCCUCCCCGCCCCCCAGGAUCUCGAGGCCCCACCCCUCAGCUUGAACCGUCCCCUUCUUGCGCAUGCUUGAUGCUUCUUGGAGGGGGCUGGUCCCAGUUGAGCUGCAGGCCUCUGUGGCCAACUUCGAAAGGGAGGGGUCUAAUAUAGAGCAAUCCUAAGAAAUCCUUUGAUCCCGGAGCCCGUGACUUCCUCUCGACCCAACGGGGCGUUACUGCCUUAAUGGGAGGCGCACUCAAAGGGAGAGAUAGAAACUAGCCAGCCCUAAACUCUGCAAGUGUCAACCCCUUUUCUAUGAUGGGGUCACCCACGCCCACCACCACCCUCCACCGCGUGACUGCCUUUACAGCCCAUCUUGGUCGCCGGAAACUUCCUUUCCCCAAGUGGGAAUUUGGAAUUUGGUCUUUGUCUGGAAAUCCACCAAGAUGGGAAUGUCCAAGAGAACUCAGAACCAAGACACCUACCAGUCUGGGGACAGAGUUCCUGCUGCCCCCUCAAUCCCCCUCCUCGGGAAGUGCCCUAUCAGCUCAGGGCAUCCUCUCUGCCUGGGCUCCUCCCUAAGUCCAUCGCCCCUUCCUAUCACUCAGAUCCAGUCUCGACAACCACAGCUGCAGUAUUCAGUGGGAGAAACUGAAGCAGGUUGUUGCUAGGGUUUAGGACAGGCAUACCAGCAGACGGGUGGCAGGAAUGAGGCCCUCGUCUCAACAGUGGCUUGAGGAGAGACCAGGCCAGGGCGACUGGGGACAGGGCUAAGCUAGUGGACGUGGGUGCUUUGCACCUCGGUCUUCCCUUGUGAGAAAUAGGGGUGACGCUGCUGUAGUUAGGAAGCUGUGUUGAGAUUAGGUCGCCCUCCGGAGCCCUGCCUGGGUGCCAAGUCUGCUCCACUGGUCUCCCGCUUGAGCCCCGCCCCUCUGGCCUCCUCAUCCCCUCUGCCUUCACUACCUGUAUCUCACCGGCGUGUGUUCACCCUUUGGGUGGCGCACACACACUCAUUCACACACACACAAAUCUCAGGAACAAACGGUCCCAGAGUCCUCCUCGACCCCUGCCCUGGGUCUCUGCAGGUCUCUGCCCCAUGCGUUCCCUUCGCUGACAAAGCCACCAGCUGCCUCCUUAAAGCUUGGUGCUCCGGCUCUGGGCCUUUCUUGCGCUCUUUCUCUCUUUUCUCUUUUCUUUCUUUUUUUUUUUUCUUUUUAUUUUCUUUUUUUAAGAAAACAAGUAACAAAAAAGACAAUGAAAAAAACGGAAACGUCAUGUGAGUGAAGAAAUGUCACUGUCUGUGGUCUUUGGAGAACUAGUCUCGUAGCUGAGAGGAGGGGACCCCUCCUCUGGGGCACUGGCACCCACAGCGGGACUCGCCAGUCUGAUGCCAGGACUGAAUAAAGUGUAUUUGCCCCGACCUCGCCCUGUGGUUCUGCAUGUGUGUGCUUCUCACCCUGGUCAGCUUCAAGUGCCUAGAGUAUGGGCUGGUGCAGGGAAAGCUGGAUCCUUCCCGGGCCUCUGUUACCCUCUGUCUCAGGAAUCCUUGCCUUCAUUAAAGAUGGCAAACCCAUCUUUAGAGUGGUCAGGCAGGCAGAAGUGGGAGAGCCAAGCUGGGGCGGACCCUGGUUUCGUGGCAGUGCUAGGGUGCUAGCCCCCCGUAGCCAGAACCCCCCGUAGCCAGAUAGCCACGUUUUUUAAGUCCCUAGGUCAGAUGAGCCAGGUGUGCAGGCUGGACUGACCCAAGGGGGUCAGUUUGACUGUUUAAUGAGGAUUGGGCGGCAAUGCUCAGCCCAGCUCCUGGAAGGAACUGCUGUCCGUGUGUGUCUCGUGAGAAUCACAUUGGUAUUUCAGAGUGAAGUCGUGCUUGAGGUGAUCAGCAUCUAAUGUGUGCUCUGUAAAUUGUAUUCUUCGUUUGUAGAGUAGGAGGGAUCGUGGAGAAUGGACCUCUGGUCCCACAAGCAGCAGCGGCUAGAAGUACACUGAGGUGUCUCUCAGAUGUGCCCUCCGAGCGCUUCAGAGAAGCAUCAGCCACGGCCUGCAGUGUAUGCUUCCCAUGUGACCAGAGGCCACAGGCCAUGAGUCUUAGGGGGUUCUAACUCUGUUCCUCCUUGGCCCUCUGUACCUUUGCCCCUCAAGCCUUGUCUGCCAGGUCCAGUGAGUGCCUAGGUUCAGACAAAGCCCAUAUUCCUAUAAGCCAAGACUGGGUGUGGGUUUUCAAAGGGUAUCUUCCCUGCUUCUGGUUGGAAGCAAACUGAGGGGAGAGUCUCUGUCAAGAGGUAGAAUUGAAAAGGUAGGGAGGGCAGGGUAUGUGCCAAAUGGUAGUUGGUUCAAGGAAGGGCUUCCUAGACUGGAGUGAGUGAAUGCCCUCCAACAAGGUCAGUCCCUCGCAGAUAGCAGCUUGCCCAGGGCCACGCCCUUCCCCCUGGUAGGCCUGCCCCAGUAUCUAAGCUAGGUUGUUGUGCACUUGGAGCAGGCUCUGCCAGGCGUUUGUCCUUCCAGGACCCCUCUGUGGUCUCUGCUCUGUCAGGCCUCCUGAAGUUUUGAGUUCUUCAUUCCCAAACCUGCUUCUUUCCACAGGUGUUCAUCCUAAUAAACAUCUUA